AGUGAAGCACAUCUGGGUUAGCCAGGGAUCAACCGGAUGUUGCACCGUCUUUUUCCUCCGACGCUCUCUGCUGCUGAGUUUAUCUGCUGCACACCUGGUGAUAUUUAGAUAUGUAACCAUAAACUUUGUAAUAUGUAUUUCUCAACAAGUAUAGGAGUUUAUUUUUAAUAUUAGCUGUUUUUGGAUUACAUCUGAUGAAUUGAAUGCUCAAACGGCGAAGCGCUAAAUGUUAGCUAAAGCUGUUUAACACGAUGGCAGUGAAUGAAACAACAACAGAGUUUAUGAGCUGGGAGGUGGAUGUUUCAUCGUGUGACGGAUUGAAACAGGAGAGACAGUUGUCAGCCUCUCAGAGGAGAUAUUACAGCUUCUGCAGGAGGAAGUCAUUUGCUGCCUUUGUGGCAUCGAAGAGGGACGACAGCCAGGAGGACGGAGUCUCAUCUUGGUGCUGCUGCAGCCAGAGCUUCAACGAACACUCUGCCAUUCACAAACACGUGGCCAGAAGUCAUAAUGCUGAACUUCAGCAACUGACGCAGGACACGUACGAGUGUUUGUUAAGGCAACUGGAAGAAGAGCCUGAAACACAGCAGCCAAAUAAGCACAGUUCAGAGGCAGUGGACAUUUCUACAUGGAUACCUGAUGUCAGCCACAUCUCUGAAGAGCAACUUAAAAACGGUCCAGGCAAGGUUCUCCUCUACUACCGCUACUGUGAAGUAGAAGAUCCCCACACCAUCUGUGCCUGGCAGAAAGCUUUGUGUGAGAAGCUCCAUUUAACCGGCAAGGUGAGGGUGGCAACAGAAGGCAUCAAUGGAACAGUUGGAGGCACCAACGUGGCCGCUGACAUUUACAUUAAUGCAAUGCAUUCACAUCCUGUUUUUAAGAUGGAUAAAGAAGAUUUUAAGACCAGUGAUGGUGGAGCGGAGUGUUUCACAGACUUGAAGGUUGGAGUCUAUAAGGAAAUCGUCCCAAUGGGAGUGGAUCCUGAUGUUAUUUCCUACCAGCUGGCAGGAGUUCAUCUGGAGCCUGAGGAGUUUCAUAAAGAAGUUGAGGCUCUUUUGGCUAAAGGGGAUUUGUGCAGCGACACCAUCCUACUGGACUGCCGCAAUUUCUACGAGAGUAAAAUUGGGCAGUUCACUCGAUGUCUGGCCCCAAACAUCCGGAAGUUCAGCUAUUUCCCCGACUAUGUCGACCAGAACCUGGAACUGUUCAGAGACAAGAAGGUCCUGAUGUACUGCACAGGAGGGAUCCGCUGUGAGCGCGGCUCCGCCUACCUCCGCUCCAAAGAUGUGUGUAAAGAGGUUUACCAGCUGAAAGGUGGAAUUCACAAGUACCUGGAGCGUUUCCCAGAGGGUUUCUAUCGAGGGAAACUUUUUGUGUUUGAUGAACGCUACGCCAUCUCCUCCAACGAUGAUAUCAUCUCAGACUGCAGGUACUGCGGCUGUCCGUGGGACCGGUACGAGCUCUGUUCCACUCGGUUCUGCUGCCAGCUGGUUCUGUCCUGUCCCAGCUGCAGGCAGGACGGACACACUGCCUGCUGCCCCACCUGCCAGACCAAAGGACGGGCUCAGUGCGAGGCGACUCAGCAUCACAAAGAGGAGUGUGAAUGCACCGAUGGACGCCCCAGAAUCCCUCAGGAUGUGUAGCAACACAACAAUUAGACUUCAGUGCCUGAAAAAUGUGGACUUGCUGUUAAUGAUGAAUUCAAAAUGUGUUUUAAAGUUCAGAUGUUUUAGUAUGGGUGCUGGGAAUGAAGACAGAUUCGUUGAUGAAGUUGAUGUUAACUAAUGAAACCUUUUAAUCAUCUUUUAUUGAAUAAGUAUGAGGGUAAUUUUUAUUAUGUGAAUAUUGUGAACAUUUGUAAUGAAAGCUGAAUUUCAGCUUAUUUGUUUACACAUGGGAGUUUAUUUUCUUUUCAAAUCACAGCAUUGAGCGAUGAUAAAUGUUUAGACAGUUAUUGAUGUGUUUCAUUUGUUUCCACUGGUGCUGGUAAAAAAUUAUGGCAGUAAUUCAUAGUGCACUUUGUAGAACUACAAAUAUGCAAAAUGUGCGUCAUGCACUACUGACUGUAUGUUUUCCAAACCUUGCAAACUUUGGCUGAUAAAGGUUACUGCAACUGCAGGUGUUCCCUAAACAAACCACAAACAGCAAAA